AUGGACUUCGAAAGACAAGAAAAGGGCCUAGAUCGACUCAAAGGAUGGAGAAAUGACUACUCAACUACACGCAAGAAUCAAAGACAUUCUGAACGUGCUCCACUUAAUCAGACACCAACUAGAGAACAUAGAUGUAAUCAGGUACAGCAAGUCGAGAAAGGUAUUACACUUUUUGCAAGCCCCUCAAAAGAAGUCAAAUACAAGAACAAACCAGAGCCAGAAUCUGAAUCUGACUCAGAAGAUGAAGAAGAACAACUCGUGAACAUGGUCAGAAAAAUGUUCACGAGAAGGAAGAACAACUUCACGAAGGGCAUACAAAAGGUGAUCAAAUCAAAUGAUGCAAAGGUCGCAUGCUACGGGUGCAACAAAAAAGGACACUACAAGUACGAGUGUUUAAAAAUCAAAGAUGACAAACCCAAAAAAAUCAGAAGAAAGAAGACACUCAAGGUGACGUGGGACGAAUCGCCCUCAGAAGAAUCUAACGUCGAAGACCAGAAGCAUCACAAUUACCUCACACUAAUAGCAUUCGGAGCGGAAUUAGAAAGUGAAACAGAACAAGAGUCCGAGUCCGAAUCAAGUCACAAGUCUGCACUCGUUUUCGAAGGUUCGAAUAAGUACUUGCAGGUGUCUGCGUGCGAGUACACAGAACACGAGGGAAGCCGAGCAAAGACCAACAGCUGCAGCCUUCCCUGCCUCCUUCCCCAUCGACCUUCUUCGGAAGCCUUCUUCCCCUUCGAUUCCGUUUUCCCUUGGCGAUUUCCCGGUUCCUUCUGGUGUGCGAGCGUGAAUCUGGUCAGAAGCGACCGUCUUUAUCUUGCUUCGUCCUGUUUAUCGAGAAAGAUCGGAUCUUUGUGUGAGAAAAGGGAAUCGAAGGAGCAGAGAGCUCCUCCGGAGCGCGAUUUCCCCUUGCAGUGGGGAAGCUGUAAGCGCCUCCGCUGCGUCAAGGUCAGAGAGGGAGGCUCCCCGGCUAGAUCCGAUGGGCGGAGGAGGGCUACGUCCCGGAUCAACCGACGCAUCGUCGCCGGAGCCGACAAGGACUUCCCCACCCCGCGGUUUCGGCACCCUGCUCAACUCCUCUACAGGAGGUUCGAAUCCGUGGGCAGCGAGAACCAGAAAUCGAGAUCGGUGACAUCGUCGCCGGAGAAGGAGGAUCGCUGCUACGCGACGAGGGGGUCGCUGAUGCCGCACGGAUGCGAAGGGGAAAACGGGGCGGGCGGCGGAGGUGUUGCGGAUGAGAGAGGCGGCGCCGUGGCGCUGCCCAGGUUCUUUAUAUCCCUCUCCAACAAGGAGAAGGAAGAAGAUUUCAUGGCCAUGAAAGGGUGCAAGCUGCCACAGAGACCCAAGAAGCGCUCCAAGUACAUCCAAAAAUGCAUACUCUUAGUGAGUCCAGGAACAUGGCUGCCGGAUCUUUCUCAGGAGAGAUACGAGGUGAGGGAGAAGAAAGGCUUACGAAAGAGAAAAAGAGGAUUGAAGGCUAUGAGUUUAGAGAGUGAUUCGGAAUGAAUCAAAAGAGGUCGAGAUGUUCCUUUCUCAUUUGUUGUUGUUGUUCUUCUUGUUGUUCUUCUUCUUCUUGGCUGAUUUGGUAAAUAAGAAUUGCUCAGUUAAGUAUUGAACAUGUGCCCUUCAUCCACUUGGUUUGUAAUGGAAAGAUUUGAGUUUUGGGCAAGCAUGUACUUUGGCUUUAGUUUCUGGUUUGUAGAUGGAGAAUUUUUGUAUCAGCAACUGUUUAAACAA